AAAAGCAGUAGCUGCCUUUCCUUACCAGAAGUGUAACACUUCUCAUAAUCAACGUAGCUGACUAUAACCAAGUCUGAGGCCGCCAGUUAAGACAAUGUUCGUGAAUGUACUGUUGUUGCUGCUGAUCUCCAGCCUGAUGGCACAGGCGGGUAAUGGUGCAGAUUCGUGCCCUGAACCAUUCGUCUUGAUUGGGGAAGGCUGCUACUUCCAUAAUCCGAGCGUCACUCGGACGUUUGUUGAGGCACGAUUAUACUGCCAAACUCUCCUGCCAGGGGAGAUCGCCGACUUGGCUGUCCUCGAUGUUUACUGUGACGAUUUUAAACACUUAGCCUCCUACGCCAGUGGCGUGCAAGCGAGGUGGCGACCAUGGAUAGGCGCUACCGACGAAAAUCACCCUGGAUACUUGAUGUGGGUCGACGGUCGCCCUGUAGACCUUACUGAAGCUUACUGGGACCCUGAUCAACCUGAAUAUAAUGACGAUAGAACGUGCGCCUAUAUGGCCCUUAAUACAGAAACUGUGAACAAGUUCCGCCUGUUCACUACCGAUUGUGAUGUUCAUACAGACACCCUUUGUCAGCUGGGUGUGCACGCUCGUACAUAA